ACAAAACAGCAAUUGUUUCUUUAAUAGUUAUUAUUAUUAUUUUUAUUAAUUAAUUAAAUUUGAUGGCACCCGCGAAAUAUAAACCGUUAAAAAGCCCAAAAGACUCGGGAGAGGGUCGGAACCAGCUUCGGCCAUUUUCUUCUUCUUCAAAAUCUUUCUUCAUAUUUACAAACAACAUUUUCAAACAAGAUCAAAUUUUUUCUGUUUCCCAUUUCCAAUCUCCUCCUGUAUUUAAAACCCUAGAAUCUUUAUCUUCAAUCUCCUUCAUUUUCCUCUGUUACGAUUCCAACACUUUUUUUUUAUUCUUUCAAACCAAACAAACAGAAUUUGCAUCAAAACUUUUUACUUUGAUUCAUUCAUUCAUUUUAUUUUUUUGUGCUUGAGUUUUUGUUUUUUGGAUUAAUUUGAAAAACUUGACAGAGUGGGUUUGGGUUUUUUUGUGGGGUGAUUGAUUGUAAAAAUGGCAACAGAGCAAGUAUUGCCCUUCUCUGUAGCUUCAAUAGUUGAAGAUGUUCUUCAUCAGCAUGGUUCUCGUACAACCCCCAUUGACUUCGCUUCCAGGAAGGCUGAAGAAGCUUCAUUGAGAAGGUAUGAAGCAGCUGGAUGGUUGAGAAGAACAAUUGGGGUUGUUGGGGGUAAAGAUUUGCCAGCUGAGCCUUCUGAAGAAGAAUUCAGACUUGGUUUAAGAAGUGGAAUUGUUCUCUGCAAUGUUAUUAACAAGGUCAAUCCUGGAGCUGUAACCAAGGUUGUAGAAGGCCCUUCUGAUUCGGUAAUCAUUCCUGAUGGGGCAGCACUUUCUGCCUUUCAGUAUUUUGAAAAUGUUAGAAACUUCCUUGUAGCUGUGGAGGAAAUGGGGCUUCCAACUUUUGAAGCCUCUGAUCUUGAGCAGGGAGGAAUGUCAGCAAGAGUUGUAAACUGUGUUCUAGCAUUAAAAUCAUAUAAUGAGUGGAAACAAGGAGGUUCGAUUGGUUCAUGGAAAUUUGGUGGAAAUACUAAACCACCUGCCUUUGGAAAACCCUUUAUGAGGAAGAAUUCAGAACCAUUUGGGAAUUCCUGUUUGAGAACCUUGUCAUGGGGAGAGAAGUCUGUAGAUAGUAUUUCCAGUAAUCAAUCAUCUAAUGGAGAUAUUGGUCAUGACAUCAGUGAAACAGGUAUCUCUCGUUCCUUGAAUGUGUUAGUCCGUGAAGUUCUUUCAGAUAAGAGGCAGGAAGAGAUUCCAAUAAUUAUAGAAUCUAUGCUUGGUAAAGUCGUGGAGGAAUUUGAGCGUCGGUUAGCAACUCAAAGUGAACUUACAAAAUCAAUUCAGAAAGACAUGGCUUUAUCUGGCACGGAAAACUCUUGCGCAGACCCUGCUUCAGAUGAUAUAGAGAUGGAAGAAAAAGAUGCCAGCCCUACCAAAGAGGAAGCUUGUACUCAAAUGUAUAACCACGAAGAAGCUCCUGAUAACCAGUUUUUAAAGCAGCAUAUGCUACUGGAGAAACAACAGAGAGAUAUUCAGGAUUUGAAACAUACUCUUCACCAUACAAAAGCUGGAAUGCAAUUUCUACAAAUGAAGCACAAAGAGGAGUUCGAAAACUUAGGUAAGCACCUGCGUAGUCUUGCUUAUGCUGCUUCAGGUUAUCAGAGAGUCCUUGAAGAGAAUCGCAAGCUAUACAAUCAAGUACAAGAUUUGAGAGGAAAUAUAAGAGUGUACUGCCGAGUCAGACCCUUCUUGCCUGGAGAAUCAAGUCGUCUGAGUACAAUCGAUCACAUUGAUGAUGGCAAUAUCACAGUUCUUACUCCUGCAAAGUAUUGCAAGGAGGGACGUAAAUCAUUCACUUUUAACAAGGUUUUUGGUCCUUGUGCAAGCCAAGAGGCGGUAUUUGCAGACACUAGACCUCUUAUACGUUCUGUUCUUGAUGGUUACAAUGUAUGCAUAUUUGCUUAUGGCCAAACUGGAUCUGGAAAAACUUUUACUAUGACUGGACCGAAAGAGCUCACACAGGAAACCCAAGGUGUAAACUACAGGGCACUAAAUGACCUAUUUCUUCUCUCAGAACAGAGGAAAGACACUUUUUUCUAUGAAAUUUCUGUUCAGAUGCUUGAAAUCUACAACGAACAAGUUCGGGAUCUACUUAUUACAGAUGGUGUUAACAAAAGAUUAGAAAUUCGGAAUAGUUCACAAAAUGGAAUUAAUGUACCAGAUGCAAACCUUGUACCUGUAUCAACAACAUCUGAUGUCUUGUAUUUGAUGAAUCUUGGACACAAGAAUAGGGCAGUGAGUGCUACAGCCAUGAAUGAUCGUAGUAGCAGAUCUCAUAGCUGCUUGACUGUUCAUGUUCAAGGAAGGGACCUCACAUCUGGUACUGUUCUACGUGGUUGCAUGCAUUUGGUUGACCUUGCAGGAAGUGAAAGAGUUGACAAAUCGGAGGUGACUGGAGACAGAUUAAAGGAGGCCCAACAUAUCAACAAAUCUCUUUCUGCCUUAGGAGAUGUGAUCUCUUCUCUUGCUCAAAAGAAUUCCCAUGUUCCUUAUAGAAACAGUAAACUCACACAACUGCUCCAAGACUCACUUGGAGGACAGGCAAAGACACUCAUGUUUGUUCACAUUAGCCCCGAGGCCGAAGCUGUUGGGGAAACAAUUAGUACCCUGAAAUUUGCUGAACGAGUUUCAACUGUUGAACUUGGUGCUGCUAAAGCUAACAAAGAUAGUUCAGACGUGAAAGAGCUUAAAGACCAGAUUGCUAAUCUUAAAGCAGCUCUAGUGAGGAAGGAGGGAGAACGCGGUCCACAUUCUCGUUCUUCCAGCCCAGAUAGAUCAAGAUUGAAAUCUGCAGGGUCAUCCCCUUCACACCCAAGUUGGAAAAGUCUCAAAGAGUUUUCCGGGGGGCGUAGGCAACCAAUAGAGGAUGUUGGUAACGUUGAGAAUUCUGCAUCGAAAUUGAAAAGGCGAAGUUUGGAUCUUCAAGAUGUGUUGAUGCAUUCAUCUUCUUGGCCAUCUGUUGAGAGUACUCCUGAUGGAAAUGGAAAAGAAGAUGAUAAGGAAUCAGUUAACAGUGAUUGGGUUGAUAAGAUUAUGGUGAACAAGCAAGACAUCAUAAAUAGAGAGGAAAAUCUUGUGGAAUGUUGGGAUGUAGACAGUUCACAGUUGACAGAGAUGUUUGGUCAGAACUACCUCCCAGACCCUUCAAAGAUAUAUCCAGAACAACAAUUGAAUAAUAAGAUUAAUGGAAACAAAAAGGAGAGCCAAGAUUAUGAUUCACAGAGGAGUAAUCGAUAUGAGAUGGCCAUCACUGAUGAUUCUGAUGAUCAGUUAGAGGCUGCAACUAGUGAUUCUUCAGAGCCAGACAUGCUUUGGCAAUUAAAUCCUCCUCCUAAGGCCACCGGCAUUCCCAAUGGCCCCGGAGGACCGGAAACAAGGAAAACCAAUCCCAAGCCAGUAAGAAGCACAGAAACCAGGAGUAUGAUUCCAUCCCUAAUUCCUUCACCUGCACUAUCACGAAAAUCAUCCAUUGGGGCUAGUCAACUGGUUCAACCUUCUUACAGGCCUGCAAAGCAGGCAGUUCAUGCCCAAGGAAAGAGAAGAAUUACAAAGUGAAUACAUAUAUAAAUACAAGCAUACAUAUGAUAUAGAUAUAUAUAUAUUUUACAAUUUACACACACUCAUUUAUAUAUAUUUUGUUGGGGUUUGCGGGAAGUUGCUAUUUUGUUCUUUCUUUCACAAAUAUAUACAUAUAUAUAUUUGUGUACUUAUUAUUUGAUUAAAGAGAGAGAGAAAAGAAAAGGAAAUUGCCUGAGUUUCUAAGGUAUAUGAUGAUGAUGGAUCAUCAUGUUGGUUCUUCCACUGGUUAGUUCUUGUUUUGUUCAUAGGUGUGUUAGUUUUUGUGAGCUUUUUUUUUUUUUUUCCAUUGUAUGUGUCCCAGGAAAAAGAAGAAAAGCAAAAGAAAGUGUUAUAUUGUAUAGAGAGAAGAAAAUGCGAUUACAGUUCUUUUAUAUUUUUC